UAAUCGGUAACAAAUUGUACACCAGUUGUGUGCUCAUCGACCUGGUCAGUAUGACACUGGACAGACGAAUACAGUGUUUGUUAUGGCUGUACAUCACCACAUUCCAAGGCGUAACUGGAUUAUCCGUGGUGGUCAGUCCCUCUCCUACAGCCGAGGUCGUGUCCGGUCAGACCCUCAGUAUCACGUGUCAGUGGUCAGCUGAUUACACAGGACCAGGUGCUGCAGUUAACUAUAAACUGAAUGAUGGUGUAGGUAUAAUAGGUCAAAUGUUUAUAAACUUUGGGACAGUAUGCCCAUCAAUAUCACCCUACACACUUACCUGUAACACAGACACGAGGACACUGGGGAUACAUAUUCCCGCCAACAGUUACAGUCACGGGGACAGAUGGACGUGUGAGGGGAGAAAUGAAAACUCCGACAAUACACCACAGACAGACACGACCACAGUGGACGUUAUAGGUAAGUGUAUAAUACAUGUAAAUGUGUAAUGUGUGUAUUUGUGUGUGUCUAUAUAUGCUAGCGGAAAAAGAAACUGUGCCUAGAUAAAAUGGCAUAUCAAACAGUUACUUCUAAAGUACAGUAAUAGUUUGUUGCAGAAUUGCAAAAGACAUGAUUCAUCAAAGAUCAAUUCAAUUCAAAAUGGUCA